AUGAUCCUUAUUAAUUUAUUACUUAUUGCAUUGAUUGCUGGCAUGAAUUUUUUGACGUAUCGUGGUGGUCGGUCACCAUGUGGAUCAGUUGGUUGUUACGAUCCGAACACACAAGGUUGUUCAGGCGGUGGUUCUACCAUCCAAUGUAUUAAUUCUUGUAAUGGUAUAUGUUAUUCAAACUUACAAGAUUGCUAUAACAAUACAAAAAUUAUUAUUCCGUCUGUAUUAAACAAUCAAAAAGUCAAUGUCAGCGAAUCGGAACGAAAAUGUUACGAUAAUACCACACAGGUCUGUUUUAGUGAAAAUAGUACAAUAUGUCCUAUUGGUAAUCAACUCUGCUCUGAUAUCUGUUAUAAUCCACAAUCACAAUAUUGUAUUGGUGGUAAUAAUACUAUCUUUUGUUUAACAAAUCCAUCAUCAUCAGAUUGUCGUACGACAACGAUACCAGUGUUUUCGAACUCUACCAGUACCAUAAGUCCAUCAACAACAGUUCCAACAACUUCUGCUAGUUGCUGUGCAAUUCAAAAUUGUACACUGGAUGCUGAUUGUUGUCAAUCACGUUCUCAUGAAUGCCUAUGUUUAUGGCUCAUGUGUCAAUUCUAA